AUGGGAGAAGAAAACCAGUCUUUCACCACAGAUUUCAACCUUCUGGGAGUUACCAGACAACAGGAGCAUGAAAAUUUCUUCUUCAUCCUCUUCCUGUUCAUUUACCCCAUCACAGUGAUUGGAAACAUGCUCAUCAUCCUAGCCAUUCGCUCUGACACUCGCCUUCAUAACCCCAUGUACUUUUUCCUUGCCAACCUCUCCCUUGUUGACAUCUUCUUCUCCUCUGUAACUAUCCCCAAGAUGUUGGCCAACCAUCUCCUGGGUAGCAAAGCCAUCUCCUGGGGAUGUCUGGCACAGAUGUAUUUCAUGAUAGCUUUGGCAAACACAGACAGCUAUAUACUAGCUGCAAUGGCGUAUGACAGAGCUGUGGCCAUCAGCCGCCCACUUCAUUAUGCAACAAUUAUGAGUUCAAGGCCUUGUGUCCUCCUGGUUGUUGGGUCCUGGGUGAUUGGAAAUGCCAAUGCACUUUCCCAUACCCUUCUCACAGCUAGCUUGUCCUUCUGUGGCAACAAAGAUGUGGCCAACUUCUACUGUGACAUUACUCCUUUGCUCCAGCUGUCCUGUUCUGACAUCCGCUUCAAUGUGAAGAUGAUGUACCUUGGGGUGGGGGUUUUCUCCGUGCCACUGCUGUGCAUUGUCAUCUCCUAUGUCCGGGUCUUUUCCACAGUCUUACGGGCUCCAUCCACCAAGGGCUUCCUCAAGGCCUUGUCCACCUGUGACUCUCACCUGACAGUGGUGUCUUUGUAUUACGGGACAGUGAUGGGCAUGUAUUUCCGGCCCUUGAACAGUUACAAUCUGAAGCAUGCAUUGAUAACUGUGAUGUACACAGCAGUGACCCCAAUGCUGAACCCUUUCAUCUACAGCCUGAGGAACCGGGACAUGAAGGCUGCUCUGAGGAAACUCUUCUGUCACAGUGCUUCUUCAUCCCCCAUGUGA